GGGUCAAGUCUAUUUAAGUGCGUUUUCACUGCAUCGUUUGAACCACACCUAAUGCACAGAGAAUAUUCCUUGAUCGCUCACAGUUUAGACUUUAGAUUACCAUGUUGUAUUAUUAAUUAUUAUUAUGCAUUUUUAUGACCGAACGAAUCGGUUUGUUCAUCAUUCGAGUUCAAAGUGUGAAAGCAAAACAUAACAAAAAUUACAUAACAUUAUAUACAAAUAUAUUGUAAUAAAAUUGUUUUUCAUCCAAUAACAACAUGGAAUUCGAUAACGGUUCAAAUAACUUUCAGAUACGAUCAAGUGAUUAUAAAUUAAAUGAAGCGCCUUUGAAGAAAAGAAUCAGAUCGGGUGCCAAUGCUAGAGAACGUGACCGAACUCAAAGUGUUAACUCAGCAUUUGAUGUACUACGGGCUAUGAUACCUAUUGACCCUCCAGACCGCAAACUAUCCAAAAUAGAAACAUUACAGUUAGCCACGAAAUACAUUAGUCAUCUGUCCCAGAUCCUAACUCCUGGAAAAGGCAGCGAACAAGAACACAGCUUCUAUGAUGUAUGUAUAUUUUGUUUGACAAAUAAAUUUAAUUCUUGAAUAGUAUACAAAAAACAAACUCCUUAUAUAUU